AUAAGGCACCCGUAGGUCUAAGGCACCACGCCUACGUUGGGUGAAGUUAAACGGCUAGUUAGUAAAGCGUUUGAAAGUUCUUCUUGACGGAUUAGUUUGCUAGUGUCUUAACAUUCUCGUGAUGGGUGAGAAAGAAGCACCCCCAGUGCAACUCAGGUGUCUGAGUGAGGAGCAUUUCCAUCAGCGCGUGCAGGACGAUGGCGUGUGGACUGUUACUUCAUAUGAACAGAGAAAAGUAGAAAGCAAUGUGCAUGAAGCCUUCACUGCCUUUAAGGAAAACUACUCACAGCUAGUUAAACCCAUCCUUGAAAAAGAAAAGCAUCUACAUUAUUUGAGGAAAGGGCUGCAGCAUCUGUCUGAUGCAUAUGAGUGUCUGGAUGCAAGUCGACCUUGGCUCUGCUACUGGAUUUUGCACAGUCUAGAACUUCUGGAUGAACCAAUCCCGGACUCUCUAGCAUCAAAUGUAUGCCAGUUUCUAGCUCAUUGCCAAAGCCCUAAUGGUGGAUUUGGAGGUGGACCAGGCCAGCACCCGCAUCUUGCACCAACCUAUGCUGCCGUGAAUGCGCUCUGUAUCAUUGGUACUGAAGAAGCUUUCAGUGUUAUAAACCGAGAAAAGCUUUUGGAAUUCCUGUUGUCACUGAAGCAGCCAGAUGGUUCUUUCCUCAUGCAUUUGGGUGGUGAGGUAGAUGUCAGGAGUGCAUAUUGUGCAGCAUCUGUGGCGUCAUUAACACAUAUCAUCACACCAGACCUUUUUGAUGGCACACCAGAGUGGAUUAUAAGCUGUCAGAACUGGGAAGGUGGCAUUGGUGGUAUUCCUGGAAUGGAAGCUCACGGUGGGUACACGUUCUGUGGCAUGGCAGCGAUGGUGAUGCUGAAGAAGGAAAUGCUGUUGGAUCUUCCCGCAUUGCUGCACUGGGUAACAAGAAGGCAGAUGCGAUUUGAAGGUGGAUUCCAAGGCCGAUGCAACAAGCUUGUGGAUGGCUGUUACUCUUUUUGGCAAGGAGGUCUUCUCCCUCUUUUGCAUUGUGCACUACGUACGCAAAAUGAUCAUGCUCUUGAUAUGACAUGUUGGAUGUUUGAUCAGCAGGCAUUACAAGAAUAUAUUCUGCUAUGCUGUCAGAAUCCAUUUGGUGGUCUGCUAGAUAAGCCAGGCAAAGCACGAGAUUUUUAUCACACCUGUUACUGUUUGAGUGGUUUGUCAGUAGCCCAACAUUUUGGCAGCGGUGAUCUACUACAUGAUGUAGUACUGGGUGGAGAGGAAAACCGCUUGCGUCCUACACAUCCAGUAUAUAAUAUCUGUCCUGAUAAAGUGGCUGGUGCGUUAAUGUAUUUCCUCUCAAAGCCAAUCCCAGAAGUGAAGAAGGCUUCAUCAGAUCAAGAACAGUAGAUGCUACAGUGGUGUCAUCCAAAGGGAGUAUGACAGCAAGGAAGUCAAUUCCCCCAGCAUGUGCAUUAAUUCCUGGCAACAAACAACUGCAGCUAUUUCAUGCUGCGUGAUGGGGGAAAUGAGAGACUGUUAGUGUGACAUAUGUGAGAUGUCCGGAAUAGACUUUAAAAUAUUAAAAGCAGCAGUACUUGCUGUUUUAUUUAACAUGGAGACUGUUAAAUGUUUUCAUUUAGCUCUCUGAAAUCAUUAAAAUGUUUCACCAGUGUUGCAUGGCACUAAACUCAUUUAUGUGAAGGUUGUAGUUAUGCCCCUUUCACCCUGGUAUUUUAUAAAUAGGUGGCAAAAGAUGGCAAUGUUUUGUCUUAGAUUAACAUGGAUUUCAUCCAUGUUCCACCUUUUUGCAGAAAUGGAGUCUGCAUGUUUGAAAUGCUCAUAGAUAGAAAAGUAUAAAGCAUUUGUGGGAACAUUUUUUGGGGGAGUAGGGGUAUAACAGGGAAUCUGGACCUUACAUCUGCAGUUGAUAGGCUAACCCAGUAGACAGUGUAUAAUAAAAUAUCAGUGCAGCAAAACACGGCAUCAGAUUCAACCUUGCCCUCUUCCUUUAGUUCAGAAAGGUGAUAGCACUGUUUGAUUCUUUGGUUUCAUAAGCUGUUAAAGGCUGCAGCAGGAAAUAACACAUUUGCAGUCUUCCCAGUAUUCACAUUGAAAUGGGAGGAAUCUUUAUCAUUUCCCACCGGUUACUUUGGUGGAUUGUUGGAAGCUGUUUUUGAGGACAUUGUGUGUCGGAGUGGCAAUUUUAAAUGUUGACUAUUUGUUGCAUUCCCACCAAAGCUUUGUAUUUUAUAAGUUUUUUUUCUUCAAGAAAGAGAUGGCUGAAAUGUCAGACUUUGGACUUUAAUAAACCAUUUGAGAGUUAGGAUAAAAAAAAAAUCAGCUGAUGUACUAAUAAUCGCUUAACUGUAUCUCAAACAAGUGCUUGUAAUAAUGAGUUUUACUGCACUGGUGCAAGUGAGAAGUGUGCCAUGUUAAACUUUUGGAAAUUAUUUUUUUGCAGAGGGUUGUCAGUUCUUGUUUGUUAGAUGCAUACUUAGCUAUUUACUACUGAAUCAUUAAUUUGCUGAUAAUAUUGGUACACUCAGUCAUUUGCUAAUCAAUAAAAUGUGCAGUACUGUA